GAGAAAAUAGCGCAAUAAUGUUGAUAAUGAAGUAAAACACAGCACACGAGUGGGAGCAAUAAGAGAUAGAGUCAGCGUGCGAACGAAACUGCGAAGACGCGUCGUCGUCGGUUUCAAAAUACACUUCCUGCAACUUGCUGCUUCAGUUUGCAAUUAUUUUUCAUUUCUCAUUUUUAUUUUUAUUUUUUAUCUUUCAUAGUUUUCUUGGUGGCGACCCAGUGGAGUGUUUUGACUUCUCAUAGCUUUUUGAGGGUUUCGGUUUAGGGAGCAUUUGGGUGGUCAAAUCUUGACAAAAUUUUGGAUCUAUGAAGCUUGCUUGGUGGAAACUGUAAAACCCUAAUUUUGUUCUUCUGCAGCGCUUAUUGUUGUUAUCUGUAUUUUUCUUUUUUAUUCUCUAUGGGAACUGGGGAUGGAACUGGCGAUGCUGAUAAGACUGAAUGUGGUGAAGGAGUUCAGUGUUUGAAAGGUGAAGCCAUGAAUGGUGGGGUGGCAAUUGCGGAUGGGAAUUGUGUUACUGAAGAGGGCAAGCCCUUGAAAAAUGAAGGCAUGAAUAAUGGGGUGGCAAUUGCUGAUGGAAAUGGUGUUGCUGAAGAGGGUAGGCUCUUGAAAAGUGAACCUGUUUGUAAUGGGGUAGCGGUCGCCGAGAAAGGGGACUCUGGUGGAGUUGAAUAUCUGCGAACUUAUAAGAGGCGUAAGAAGUCAAGUUCAAGAGGCAAAGUUCAGGAACAAUGCAGAGAAAGCGUGGAAGCUGCAAGUCAUGUAGCAGAUAAGGUUGUGAAGAAACCGUGUGAUGUAGCUUUAGGCAAUAUUUCAGGUGAUUGUUCCCUUGGACAGUGGGGAAAUAUUGUACUAAAGCAUUUAUAUCAGUCAUUAGGUGAUGGCAAUGGCGGCAUAGAGGGGUGCAUAAGGGAAGCACUUAAGCAUCAUCCUAAACUUAAUCAUACCACUUCAGUUUCGAAAACUUUUCAAAUUGACAAAGAUGGAGAAGAAUGCUAUUCGCAAUUUAUGCAUCUUUGUCAUAGAACAGGGAAUGAAGCUAAUGGGCAUGCAGAUGUUAUGUGUAAUGGACGUUCUAGUGACUCACCUGGCCAUGGUGUGACUGAGAUGUGUCAGCGUGUGCUCAGUAAUAUCUUAACUUCAGAAAAAUUCAGUUCAUUAUGUAAGGCUUUACUUGAAAAUUUCCAGGGGGUGAAGCCUGAAAGUGUAUUUGACUUUACUGUCAUGAACUCAAGGAUGAAGGAGCAAGCUUAUGAACAAUCACCAACACUCUUCUUGUCAGAUAUUCAGCAGGUUUGGAGAAAGCUUCAAGACACUGGUAAUGAGAUUGUUGCCCUUGCCAAGAGCCUCUCCAACAUGUCAAGAACUUCGUACUCUGAGCUGGUGGGAAUUCCAUCACAGAGCACAUUUCAAGAUGAAAAGCAAGUGCUCUACAACCGGGAAUUUGACUAUUACAUGAAACCAGAACAGACAGAAGAAUGUGCUGUGUACAAAAUUUGCAGUUGCAGGCGUUGUGGAGAGAAGGCAGAUGGCACAGACCGUCUGGUCUGUGAUUCAUGUGAGGAGAUAUAUCAUGUGUCCUGUAUCGAGCCUGCAGUGAAAGAAAUACCCCACAAAAGCUGGUAUUGUGCCAAUUGUACUGCUAAGGGGAUUGGUUCUCCACAUGAGAAUUGUGUCUUAUGUGAAAGGUUAAAUGAUUCAGAGACCCCGAAUGACGUAAUUGGUGAUGAAAGCUUUCCAACAGUUGAGGAAACCCAAAAUGAAUUUGAAGAUAAUUCAAAUUGCACCUCUGAUGGGAUUCAAGUUUCCAUUGGUGAGAAAAAAACACCCAAUUGCAAAAUAUGUGGAAAUGAAGUGGAUGAUGGAAAAACAAAAGUAUGUGGCCAUCGGUUUUGCUCCAAUAAAUACUAUCAUGUAAGGUGUUUAACAAGUAAGCAGUUAAAGUCAUAUGGUCACUGUUGGUACUGCCCUUCUUGUUUAUGCCGGGUUUGCUUAAUUGAUCAAGAUGAUGAUCAGAUUGUUCUCUGCGAUGGCUGUGAUCAUGCAUAUCACAUCUAUUGCAUGAAACCUUCUCGAACUUCUAUUCCAAGAGGGAAAUGGUUCUGCAGAAAAUGUGAUGCUGGAAUACAAGCAAUCCGCCAGGCUAAAAGGGUAUAUGAGAGCAACAACCCAAGAAGAAAUGGUGAAGAUGUUGCAAAAUCAACUGCUAAUCUUGAAAAGAAACACAACAAUAAACGUGCACGAGAAUUGGAAAGAGGUGGAGCUAUGGACAUGCUUUUAACUGCAGCCAAUACUCUGAAUUUUGAGGAGAAAGAGGCAGCACUCCAGAUUGAGUCACAGAGAACAUGAAUAUUCUGGAGGGCUCUGUUAACCUUCCAGUUAUUUUUAGUAAUGGCUUUAACUUUGUUGACUGUUAAUACACUAUUUUACAUUUGCUGCAUUUUUUGAAUGACUGAUUUUGGUAGGCUGUAAAACUGCUGUAGUUUUCCUGACUUUUGGAUACGUCACAUGGAAAGACAUGACUAUAGAGGCUAAAGAGCAAAAGGCAUAAUCUGAAACUGCUGUAAGUUCCAUCUGUGAGAGUAAGCAGCAGGUCAGAUACUGUAGUAUAGACAUGGUUGAUAUGAAAUUUAAUUGACUGUUUUGCUUGCUUCACUCAGAAUACUGUAUUUUGGGGUUGGGAUGUUGUAAGCCAAUGCUUCCCAAGAUUUGUAUAAUCAAAUGUCUAUUACGUUUGAAAAUCAAAAGAAAGAAGUUUUUUUUUUUUUUUUU